AUGUCUGCCAGAUCUGGAUUCCAGCUGGACCCCACUGUUGCUGACUGUGGCCUGGUGGCUGAACUUGCGCUGAACGUCUACCAGUCAUGCAAAACGUCAGCGGAUGAUUUCCAGCGCAUGUCCGAUGACAUGUCCAGUCUUUAUAUGACGCUUCGAGAUAUCCGGGAGGACCUCACGCAGGACGAAUCAGGCUUGAGCCACACCGGCGCCGACUCUCUAAAAGAGAAGCUGAACAGUGUACACGAUGCUCUGAAGUGCGUCGAGGCGGAACUGCAGAAAUACGACAGAUUGACGCUCCGCUCGCGCGAGAGGUGGGAGUUCCUCAAAGAAGUGUGGAAUAAUACUGGCGAGGCCCAUACUCAGAUCGUUAGCACAACAACUUCAUUGCGCUACCUCGAAAAGAAGAUGUCUAUGACCUCCAAUACAGCUCUAGAGAAGCUAAUACUGAAAUAUCUACGGGAAGUCCGGGAUGGCCUCCACGAGGAUUCUGUGAUGAACCUGGUGCCGACGGACAUGCCAUCGAAGCAGCAGCAAUGGGAGGAUUUCAAGAAGGAGCUUCAAAAAGGCGUGCGUGUGUCACCCGCUGUAGUCGAUGACCACUGGGACUUUAUCUGCGCGGUUGUCCGUCGCGCGAAGGAAACUGGUGAUUAUGACCUUGACAUACCCGAGGGGUCUGGGGCCGAUCUUCCGCCGAUGGAGAUGGAGAAUGUUGAAAGAGACUUGGAGAUCAGGGCUAUAGACAUGGACAAACUGCGUAAGAAAGGCCACCAUGUCGACAGCAAGAAGACUUCACCUAUCGUCUCGCUCGGCCUUCGUGCCUUACGUCUUGUCUCAGACGAACGCCUAAUUGUGGCUGCGGAUGAAGGAGACUUGGAACGUGUCAAAACGCUAAUUCAUCGCCGCGCAAACGUCAAUGCUUCGGACAAAUGGCGCUGGACAGCGCUGCAUAUGGCAGCUUAUGGUGGAUACAAUGAGAUUGCCAAGGAACUGAUCGCAGCUGGGGCAGACCUCACGGCCAUGACUGUGGAUGGGGAGACUCCACUCAAGUUGGCCGAAACAAACAGACACGUAGACGUCGUUUGCACCAUCUCAGACAGAGUCGAUGAAUUACGUGAACAGGCAGCACGCCAAACAGCUCGCUGA